AUGGGUAAAGUGCCAGAUGAUUGGAGGCUCACGGUCAGGAUGCCCACCCUCUGGACCUGGCUGUCGGCCCUGGCACUGUUGGUGGGGCCCGGAGCAACCCAGAGUUGUAGACCAGAGCUUCGAGGCAUUGCCUGCAACUUGGCCAGAGGACGUCCCACCUUCCAGUCCUCCCUCUACACCCAAGCACCCUUUGCAGUCGCAAAAAACGCCGUGGAUGGGAAUUGUAGCAGGCAUUUUAACGAGGGGCGCUCUUGCACCCACACCAACCGGGACCUGAGGCCGUGGUGGUACGUGGACUUGGGCAGCCGCUACGUCAUCUCUGCUGUGGUGUUGAAGAACCGAGGGGACUGCUGUGACAGGAGACUCCGCGGAGCCCAAAUCUACGUGGGAGACUCUGUGCCUGCCCGUGGAGGAGGCAACUCUUUGUGUGGGACCAUCACAAAGACCACCUUGGGAGGCGUCAGUACCAUCUAUUGCAAUGGGUUCCAGGGACGCUACGUGAGCAUCGUCAUCCCCCAUCGGAGAGAGUACCUCAGUCUGUGUGAAGUGGAGGUCUAUGGGACCAGGGCUUCCUUCUCUGAUACUGAAGAAGUUCUUUCUCUGGAGACCACCCCUGAAGUAUUCCAAGCCCUGAAGGAGCUGGGCUACACCUCCUUCCGCCCAGGACAAGAAGCAGCUGUGAUGAGGAUCCUCUCGGGCGAGAGGAUCCUCAUCACGUUAAACCAAGCCCAUCUCUCUGUUCACGUGGCUUGCUUUCCAGAGGCAGGCAGGAUCCACCCCCUUCAAAGAAGACUUAAAAGGGCUCACUCAGAAGUGAACCACGGAGAUCUUCCUGCCCUCCUGAAAGCAAGGAGCUCUGAUUGCCGGACCACCAAGAAAGGCAGCCAAGCAACAGAGACCAGGAUGCCCACCCUCUGGACCUGGCUGUCGGCCCUGGCACUGUUGGUGGGGGCUGGGGCAAGCCAGAGUUGCAGACCGGAGCUGCAAGGCAUUGGGUCCAACCUGGCCAGAGGAUGUCCUGCUUUCCAGUCGUCCCUCUUCACCUCCGACUUCACCGAACCGAGCAGUGCGCUUGCAGGAAAUGCCGUGGAUGGGAACUGUGACGGCCACUGGUACGAGGGACGGUCUUGCAGCCACACUAAGUGGGAGCUGGAUCCGUGGUGGUACGUGGACUUGGGCAGCCAGCACAUCAUCUCGACUGUGGUGGUGAAAAACCGAGGAGACUGCUGUGGCGAGAGAAUCCGCGGAGCCCAAAUCUACGUGGGAGACUCUGCCCCCACCCAGCGCACCAACAGCUCUUUGUGUGGGACCAUCACAGACACCACCACAGGUUCCAUCAGUACCUUCUGUUGCAAUGGGUUCAAGGGACGCUAUGUGAGCAUCGUCAUCUCCGGCCGGGAGGAGUUCCUCCAUGUGUGCGAGGUGGAAGUCUAUGGAGCCAGGGUGGCGGAUCAGUGCUGGAGAUCCCCAGAGGCCCGAGGGAACGAUGCCCACCCUCUGGACCUGGCUGUCGGCCCUGGCACUGUUGGUUCCAACUUGGCCAGAGGACGUCCGGCCUUCCAGUCCUCCCUCUACACCGAAACACCCUUUGCAGUGGCAGGAAAUGCCGUGGAUGGGAAUUGUAAUGGGGAUUUUAACAAUGGACGCUCUUGCACCCACACUAAUCUGGAGCCGGGCCCAUGGUGGUACGUGGACUUGGGCAGCCGGUACGUCAUCUCUACUGUGGUGGUGAAGAACCGAGGAGAUUGCUGUAAUACAAGACUCAGUGGAGCCCAAAUCCACGUGGGAGACUCUGUGCCUGUCCUUCGGCCUGCCCACAGUCAAUGCAAUUCUUUGUGUGGGACCAUCACAGGCGACAUCCCAGGAGGCGUCAGUACCAUCUAUUGCCGAGGGCUCAAGGGGCGCUACGUGAGCAUCUUCGUCCCCCACCGUAAUGAGUACCUCAGUCUUUGUGAGAUGGAGGUCUAUGGGACCCUGGCAAAAGAUCAGUGUUAGAGAUUGCCAGGGCCCAGAGAAUUGCAAGUGGUGACACAGCCAUUUCCUGUUCUGCAAUUACUUUUCUCGUAAUCAUCUUUUGCUUCCCA